AUGGAGGACACUGUCAGAUUGAUCUGUGACCGCCUGAAAGAGGCAUUUGACAAGCAUAAGUCUUAUGCUAACCAGAGAAGGAAAGAUAUCCAGUUUGAGGUUAAAGAUCAGGUUUUUAAAAGUAUCCCCUGGAAGAAAGUACUAAGAUUCGGGUGCAAGGGUAAAUUGAGUCCAAGAUUUAUUGGACCAUUUUGUAUCUUGAAGAGAGUAGGACAUGUUGCAUACAAGCUUGAGUUGCCUCCUCAUCUCAUUCGUAUUCAUGAUGUCUUUCAUGUGUCGAUGUUGAGGCUCUAUCGUUCGGACCCAACCCACAUCAUUCAGUUAGAAUAUGUUGAGUUGAGACCAGAUUUAUCAUAUGAUAAGGAGCCUGUUCAGAUCUUGGAUCGAGAUGAGAGAGUGUUGAGGAAUAAGUGUAUUCCUAUGGUAAUGGUCCAGUGGAGUAAUCAAGGUCCAGCAGAUGCCACCUUAGAGACAAAAAAAUCUAUAAAGACUCAAUUUUAA